GAUCCAGGCACAGAAGUCUGAUGCGAGAGGAGGUGGAGGUGGAGGACAUGGUGGAGGUGGGCAUGCUGGAGGUUUCGGAGGAGGAGGCCGAGGAGGCGGAUUCGGAGGUGGUCGCGGAGGCGGAUUCGGAGGUGGUCGCGGAGGCGGAUUCGGAGGAGGUAGAGGCGGCUUCGGAAGAGGCGGAUUUGGAGGACGGGGGCCAGGAUUCGGUGGUGGUGGUUACGGUGGACCUGGCCGCGGAGGCUUUAGAGGAGGACCUGGUGGUUACAGAGGCUACGGAGGAUAUGGCGGAUACGCCCGAUAUGGCGGGUAUGCUGGAUACGCAGGAGUUCUUCCGGUGCCUCUGCCCGUUCCUUAUCCUGCAGCCUAUAGCCGCUGCUACUACGAUAAUUACUAUUAUAACUACUACUACUGCUGAUAUGAUACGAUUAUAGAUGGUUUAUUUAUACAAAUUACAAUCAACACGUUGCUUUAGUUACAAAGAUUAUGUAAAGUUACCCAGAAAUUCGGGCUGUAGACAGUUCUCUAAAUAUUCCAUAUCUUA